AUGUAUAGUGGUCGACUUUUGGACGUAGCUGAAGAACCCAAGAAAAUGUUUCUGCCUAUAGAAGGUUAUGAAAAAAUGCCUCUUUUAACAUUGGAAGAGGCCAUCAAACCGCUUACCGAAAUUGUUUCAAAUAUUGCAGAAAAAGUUUAUGCAGCUAAAUACAAUUCUGAAAACCUUAAGAGCGAACUGACCUUAGAUCAAUUAGCAGCUAUAAUGUUAUACACAAUGGGAAGUUCUUCUGACGAAAAACCAUUGUAUGCUGCUUUAAAUUCGACUCUUCGUUCAGAUAAACCUGACAGAUCCAAUCAACUCAAACCUUGGUUUCUGUAUUUAAAACUCUUCAUUAGUGCUCUUUCUAAUAUACCUUCAUAUCGUGGUAUUAUUUAUCGAGGUGUAAAACUUGAUCUCAACGAAUUCUAUACAAUGGACAAGGAAUUUGUUUGGUGGGGUUUUUCAUCAUGUACAAAAUCACUUGCUGUUCUUCAAACAGAAAUCUAUUUAGGAGGAGGAGGAAUAGGAACUAUAUUUAUAAUUGAAUGUUUUACAGGAAAAGAGAUUCAUCAAUAUUCAUAUUAUUCUACAGAAGAUGAAGUUCUUUUAGCAGCUGCUCGUCAAUUUAUUGUUGUUUCUCGUCUUAAUCCAGCACCACAUCUAUGGAUUAUUCAAAUCAAAGAGAUUGAACCACCAUUUCCAUUUUUAAAAACGGAUAGUUCUAUUUCUUCUACUUUUGAAACAUCUGUCGUCAAUGAUACAAAUAGUUCAUCGACAAUGAAUGUUUAUUCACAAUGUUCAAAUGCAAUAUCAAAUCUAUUAACUUCAAAUGUCGAGACAACUACAGAUGAUUUAUCAUAUAAUGUAAAGUUGGACAAAGAUACUAUGACAUAUUGUGAUUUCGAAGAGAUUUCUUCAUAUCCAAAACCAAUUGAACCAAUCAUUGAAAAGACAGAUAUAACUGAAUUUAAAGAAAAUGAUUCACAUUCUUCAACUUUACCAUCUUUGAUGAAUUCAAAAGUACUUGGAAUGCCAACCGAAAAUCAACAAGCUGAAGAAAGUAUUGCAAGCUCACAUAGUACUGGUUACUAUAGUAUGUCUAAUUCGAUCGAAUGUCAUACCGCAAUUCCUUUUGAACUAGAUGCAGAUGUUACACAAACAAAAUCGAUACGAUUUCAACAUAAAUUAAUAACAGUAGAAUCAGCUAAAAUUAUUGCAGAACAUAUGCUUAAAAUUGUUUCAUUAGAAAUAGUUUAUUUUACAAAUAAUGAUUUAAAAGAUGAAGGUUUGUCUUAUAUUCUUGAAGCCAUAACUAAUCGAUCUCUUCUAAACUUAUUCAUUAUUGACAAUAAUAUAACUGAUAUGAGUGCAAUUCUUAUAGCAAAAUUAUUAACCAAAAAUUCUCAAAUGAUACGUAUAUUAAAUUUAGAUAGAAACCUAAUUACUGCAAAAGGUAUAAAAUCGAUUAUUCAAGUUUUACCACGAGAUACAAAAUUAGGCUUAAGAACAUUGAGUGUCUGUGGAAAUAAGUUAAUCAAUGAUGAAUGUAUUGAUGAUAUCAUCAAUAUACUGAAGGAAAAUCUAUCACUAAAAUGCUUAUAUUUAGAAAAAUGUAAUCUGUCAGCAGAUGGUAAAAAACGACUUCAACAAGCGGCUAAUGGAAAGAAUUAUUGUUUACAACUGUAA